UCCCUUUUCCCACCCCGACCCUCACCUCCGAGCUAGUCUUCCGGGUACAGCAGUGAAAAGGCCCCGUCUUCGCCUUCACUCCCAACUCCCAGCAGAUGUGCUGACUCCGCGCAGCUAUGGCCUCAGCAGGGACAGAGAGGCGACCGGGAGCCCACGAGGGGACGGCGGAGGGGCCUGCACAGCUCUCGGAGGCACCCAGAGGCCACGUUCAGAGCUCUGAGUGUCCAGUAAUGGGAAACCAGGGCCCGGUGUCAGCUCACGAGGCCUGUGGGACCCAGGGUGAAGACAAGCGUCCAACAGGACCAGUCUCAGAGCCGGAGCUCCAGGAGGAACGACUCAAGCUGGAGGAAGAGCGGCUCAAGCCAGAGGCGGAGGCACUGGAGGAGCGAGGCCCCAGGCCCAUGGCCUCUGUUGUGAGGUCCAGUCAUGGUCCCAAGAGGAAGCCAGUCAACCUCCCAGGGCCUAGUCACCAAGCCCAUCCUAGGGCUGAAGCUGAGCUGCCCCAGGGGCUGCCGCUGCAGAGGGAGGACCUGGAGGGUAGCCAGAGCGAGCCUUCACCGUCUGCCAAACAGCACAAGAAAGCCAAGAAACGCAAGAGUCUGGGACCCCCAGUGCUCCCAGCUGUGGCCAGCACAGUGUCUGCACCCUCGGAGUCCUUGGGGCUAGAGCGUGAGUGGCAGUCCCCAGCCCUUUUCUUCCCCCCACCCCACUCCCCUCCUGCCUGCUGGCCUCCUGACAUGGCACAGCUUGGUGCUCCAGUCCCUGCUCUGCCCCGGGUCCUUGCAGGAAAGGCCCAACGCUUACGGCCCCUGUACCAGUACAUCAACUAUUGCAACCCUGAGCUGAACGAGGCAGCGGAAGUGGAUAGGGAGGCUGAGGCCGAGGUGGAACCUGAGUCGGACCCAACCCUGGCCCCCAAGGAGGCAUGUGUGGAACAACUGCCAGCCUUGCUGCCGGUGGCAGGUGAGCUGGACGCAGGCCUCACGCUGCCUUGCCCCAGUGUGUUCGUGUCUCCCACCCAUGCUCUGGUUCCCCCUGGAGAGGAGGCCGGAGAGGAGCCCGGGGGUUUGCCCAGCUUGGGGGUCAGUGGCCUCCUCAAGACGGAGAUGGAUAAGUCAACGCAGGUGGACAUCAGCAAGAUGCUAAGUGUCUGUGCUGCCCCACUUGUACCCCCACUCUCUCCUCAGUACAAGUGACUGUCCCAAACCAGGGGUUGCUCCUCUGUUCCCAAGCCGGGACCAGACCACAGCCUGUGGGGUUUCAGCCCUCGCGUGAAAGGGGGAAUUCUGUCCUGCCCCAACUUGGGACCUUGGACUUGCUGAAAAUAAAUGCUUUUCCUUUUUCUCAGACUUUGACUCCCCAACUGAGAUGGCUGAAGAGGGAGAGCAUGCAUGGAA